UCUCCUUCGCCCCCUCAAAUCAUCGGGAUUAGCGAACCAGCCCCCGCCGCUCUUUUCCCGCGAAGCCUUCCCCGAUGGGCGCGGUCCAAGCAAAAGACCAGGGACCGGUCCAUGGCAGCGGAGGAAGCCGACGCGAGGAGCCCCAGCCCCAGGGAUCCGGCUCCCGCGCCGCCGCCUCCGCCUCCGCAGCACAGGGCGGCGCCGUUGUCGAGAGGCCCACCCAGCAGCAGCCCGGAGACCGUGGCCGUGGCCGCGGCACCCACGGAUCGAGCUCCGCCGCCGCCGCCGCCGCCGCGGCGGCGGCCGCCGAGGCCGAGCGGAAGGGAAAGAAGAAGGUCUCGGCCUCUGACGAUCGGGAGCAGGCGCGAAGGAAGUCUGAUCCUCCCCCCAGGGAGAAGUUACUCGGGAGUAGCAUGCGUGCGCAUCAAGCCCACGCCGAGAGAAAGCUUUCAGAUAGAAAAGGAGAACAACAGAACUACCGCAGUCAAAAUUCCAGACAAGACACUUCAAAAUCUGUUCCUCAUGUGUUUCACAAGAAAGUUCCUAUGAGAGACGCCCUGUUUUAUUAUUUCAGUACCAUCGAUCAUGCUUUCGAGCGACCAGAUAUUGGUUUGUGUUUGAAGUUGCUUGAUAGUCAAUAUUCAGAAUUUAGGCCGGUUGUUCCAGACGGGGAGAGUUUCUAUAGGAGUUUCAUAUUUUCCUACCUGGAGCAAAUUUCUGAUAAGGUUGACACGCAUAGGGAAGAUCACCUUCUUGCUGCUGUUAGAGCAUUGGCUAGCCAAGCUGAACCUCUUCCAUGGGCCUCUUUAUUUUCCCAGAGACGCAAAGCAUUUGAGAUGCUGAUAGAGAAAACAAAGGGAUGGAAGCGCAUGUCAGAGUACCAAACAUCAAGAGCCAGCUACAGCAGGGGGCAAUUUCUCCUCGAGUUCUUCAGCAAUUAUGAUACAACAGAUGACAUUUUCUCUUUCCUCAGAUUAGUAGCAGCUACCUGGAUGUGCGCACUCAGAGUGCAAUAUGGACGGCGUCUAAAUCUUGGAGGUCGUCCCGUGGAAGAUUGGUGCUCGAGAGCGGUUCUUCCUCCUCGCGAGACUGCAAACUGGAUUGUCGUAAGAGCGUUGGCGGAAGCAUUUAGGGUGGCCGUCCGAGUGGAGGACGUCAACUCUCGAUCCACCCAAAACACGCACUACAGUAUCCCCCAGGGCACUCCCAUUGUGACCUUGCUGUUCAUAGAUGGUAAAUAUGACAUCAUCUACCCCAUCAACCCAGUUCCGCAAGCAGGGAGCCAGCAGCAUCCUCAUGCUCCUGCAGCUGAGACUUCAAGCGGUGGAGGGGCUGGCCAGAGAGCCCAGUCAGGCUUCUGGUGGUUCGACUGCUGCUUUGCUGUUCCUAGGGACAUCCACCCACGAGCUGCGGAUCAGGCCAAGCCGCACUGAGCCCAGGCAGAGGAAGCAUCAGUCUUGACCUGAUAGUAGCUAGGGUUCAUGAUCAUGAUCUGCUGCUGUCUUUGUCGGGAGGAAGUCUGACAUUGAUCCUUCCUGAGCUGUGUGCUCUUAAGUAGCUCGAUUGAUCUUUUGACAUGCAUGGGUUUGACAGGAUUUUGAUACUGACAUUUUCCAUCUGUGGUCGAUUGUUAUGUGCAGAGUCGAUUUCUUUGAAUCCUUUCAUGAAGCUUGAAGUUUUACCUCCUUGCUUUGAUUGUGCCUUGCGAGUUUUGGAUUUGCACUGCAUUUGGAUGGAUAUUGCGCUGCAAAUUAGGAGUUUAGCCUGUACUGUUUGAUUUCCCACUAAGAAUCUUGCUUAUCCGUAAUGCUGUUGUGUUGUCAGUUUGACCAUCUGGCUUAAUUGAGCAUACCUGAGUUGUGAACUUG